CUCAUUACCUUCAGCUCCUCCACUCCACCAGCCGCAUCCUCAGACCAGCUCUUAUCCACACCUCCGUUUCUUCACCUCCUCUCCAGCUCCUCUUUGGUUCUUCACCUCCUCUCCAGCUCCUCUUUGGUUCUCCUCCAUCAUGAGUCUCAGUCGUACUAAGCGGAUCAGCUCCAGUAACUCGGUUCGCAGCAGCGGCGGCUCCAGGCGGCUGAGCGGCUUCGGUCCAGGCCAGGGGGGCUUCAGCGGGGUGUCCCUCAGCAGCAGCUCCUUGUACGCAGGCACCAACGGACACCACCACGGCCUCAGCGCCUCCCUGACCUCCCUGUCCGUCAACAAGAGCCUCCUGGCCCCCCUCAACCUGGAGAUCGACCCCAGCCUGUCCAUGAGCCGAGCCCACGAGAAGGAGCAGAUCAAGAGCCUCAACAACCGCUUCGCAACCUUCAUUGACAAGGUUCGUUUCCUGGAGCAGCAGAAUAAGAUGCUGGAGACCAAGCUGGAGCUGCUCCAGGGCCAGGGGGUGAGCCGCUCCAACGUGGAGCCCCUGUUCGAGGCCUACAUGGCGGGUCUGCGGCGCCAGAUGGACCUGGUCAACAACGACAAAACCAAACUGGACGGAGAGCUGAGGAACAUGCAGGGUCUGGUGGAGGACUACAAGCACAAAUAUGAGGAGGAAAUCAACAAAAGGAACAACCUGGAGAAUGACUUUGUCAUCCUAAAGAAGGAUGUGGACUCCGCCUACCUUGUGAAGGCAGACCUGGAGGAUAAAGUGGGAGCUCUGACUGAUGAGAUUAACUUCCUGCGCAGCGUCUAUGAGGAGGAGCUGCGUGAACUGCAGGCCAGCAUCAAAGACACGUCAGUGGUGGUGCAGAUGGACAACAGCCGCAGCCUGAACAUGGAGCAGAUAGUGGCCGAAGUCAAAGCCCAGUACGAGGAGAUAGCAGCGCGAAGCAGAGAGGAGGCAGAAGCAUGGUACAAGAGCAAGUUCGACCAGAUGUCGGUGCAGGCCAGUCAGUUUGGAGAUGAGCUUCGUGUUGUGAAGAGUGAGGUGGCCGAGGUGAACCGUCUCAUCAGCCGUCUGCAGAGCGAGAUCGAGGCGGUCAAAGCCCAGCGUGGCGGUCUGGAGAACCAGCUGGCCGAGGCAGAGGAGCGUGGAGAACUGGCUGUGAAGGAGGCCAAAGCCCGGACCAGAGACCUGGAGGACGCCCUGCAGAGAGCCAAGCAGGACAUGGCCCGACAGCUGCGAGAGUACCAGGACUUGAUGAAUCUGAAACUGGCUCUGGACAUAGAGAUCGCUACCUACAGGAAACUGCUGGAAGGAGAGGAGGACAGACUGGGACAGCAGUCCAUCCUCAACAUCCAGGCUGUGUCCAGCUACAGUUCUAAAAGUACUAAUGGCUUCCACAGUAACAACAGUUUGCCUGCUCCAAAACUGCUCAUAAAGACAACUGAGACCAGAGAUAGCAGCAGAUUCAGCAUUCACUGAAUAUAGAAGACACAAGGACACACACACACACACACGCACACACACACACACACACACACACACACA